AUGUCCUCCCCCGCGCUCCCCAACGUUUCCUCGGACCUCAUCUGGGAGAUUGUCCGCAACAACAACUCCUUCCUCGUCAAGAGCAACCGCAACGGCGGCGUUCAGUUCUCCAGGGACCCCCUGAACCUGACGAACAAGAACUCUCGCAAGCAUGCGGGUUUCGUCAACGACAAGGCCAUCGGCGUUGUCCCCAACGAGAAGGGUGGUGUCACCGUGAUCAGCAAGAAGACCUCUGCUGCCACCAAGCCCGCCCAGGCUUUCACCAAGACCACCUACGGCGGCAACAAGUCCAACCGCACGAGCUACAAGGCCGUUGCCAACCAGGCCGCCAAGUCCGGCUACCGAGGUGACCUGCGCUCCGCCGCCGUCGAGCGCGUUUCCGCCAUCCGCCGCACCCAGCUGCCCGUCAAGCCUGAGGCCGAGCCCAAGCUGCGCGGCAACAAGGCCAAGAAGGCCGCCGAGUCGUCCUAA